AUGCUAUCGGUAGUCUUCGCAUUUGAAAUGUUCAGGUCGUACCUGCUGGGGUCCAAAGUGAUGGUCUAUACAGACUAUACGGCUAUCAAAUAUCUCUUGGCAAAAAGGGAAUCAAAGACGCGGUUCAUCAGAUGGGUGUUUCUUCUACAGGAAUUUGACUGGGAAACAGUGGAUAAGAAAGGAUGUGAGAAUAAAGAGGCGGAUCACCUGAGCCAAAUUCUACAAGAAGAUAACGGUGAAGCCGUGCCAGACGUUUUCCAUAAAAAGCACCAGCACCUGACCCAGUCAACACCCGAAAGACAGUGGAUCUACCAGGAAGGAAAAAUUGAUCAAGCCAAACAAGGAAGCAGAGGACGGAAAGAGCCAUUGUUUGCAGAUAUGGCCGACUACUUGGUGGCGAGCAAGUUGACAGAAGAGGACGGAAUGGAGGCGUUUGUAGUGGACGACAUUCCACUACUAAUGCCUAGCUCGCCAGUGAACAGGUAG